AACCGUCAACGGGCGACCAGAAUGCAAGUUCCGGAGCUGCCCUCGUAGCUGAGGGCACUGGGGGCCCCGCACGGGUAUCUGUCCUUUCACGCUGGAGGGGGGUCUGCCACAGCCCCGCGGCAGCCCUGGCGGGAAUGUGUCUUCAGCGUCCCCAAGGCCGGUGCCGAGUCCUGUCCCCCAGCCCCUAGACAGUGACCCAGAGCAGAGAGUGGCCGGCCCGUUCCCCAAAGGGGGACCUGGCAGAAGCUGGAGGGUCGCAGAGCCUGGCCGAAGAGAGGGGCGAUGGGCACAGAUGCGGGACCUCCCUGUGUCAGAGACGGCUCUCCGGGGUUCGGAGCCCCUCCAGUCCGGACCACAGGGCUGCCAGUGGGUGCCCUCUGCCCUCAGCUCCUCUGCCCUCCCGUGCCUGGGCCGGUCCCAGCUCAGGAGACCCCUGCCUGGGGGUGUCCACGCACCGGGGUCCCAGUUCCCUUGACAAGCAGCCCCAGAACCUACCCCCACGGCAUCCAGCCGGGCCAGGCCUAGGGCUUCCCUGACCCCAGGCUGGACGGGUCAAAACGGACCUCCAGGCAGACUCGGGAGGUCUAGGCCGCCCAGGGUCUAGGAAAACGGCGUCCCCCCGCUUCCCGCCAGCCCCCUUCCAGGCACAGGGGCUGCGACUGGGGCUCCUGGAGGGUCUGGGUGCAAAACCUGACGUUGCCCUUAAGCUCCUGGAAACUCAGGCCCCUCGGCUGGGACAAGUGCAUAGUCGUAACACUAAUGUCCCCUCGUGGGCGGAAGGAGAGAGGCUCGGGUGACCUGCAGAUGCUUGCAGUGGGACUUGGUGCACAGUAGGUGCUCAUAGACGGCGGCGCAUCCUAAUAGGUCCCCAGCAACGCGUUCGCGGCAGGGCUGGUGGAAAGAGGGUUGCUCGGGUGACCUGCAGAUGCUUGCAGUGGGACUUGGUGCACAGUAGGUGCUCAUAGACGGCUGCGCAUCCUAAUAGGUCCCCAGCGUGUUCGCGGCAGGGCUGGUGCGGGGCAGCAGGGGGCACAAGGUGGUGCCUCCAGGUCCCCACCUGCAGGCCUGUCUGCACGUGGCAGCCGUCAGAGGUCCUGGAGAGCAAAGCGACGGGCGGUGAGCCGUCCGAGAGCCUGCCGGCCAGAGCGACAAAGCGGGGAGCAGGUCAUGGGGGCCUGAAAGCAGUGUCUUUGCCUGAGGAAACCCUGCCCCGGGCGAAUUUAGGAUUUCACACUGAGACGCUUGAGCACGUGGACGGACCUUGAACACAGGAUGCUCGGUGAGAGAAGCCGGACACAGAAGGACACACCGUGGGUCAAGGUGACUUUGAUUUGGCCGAUGCUCUCGAUGACCCCGAGCCCACCAAGAAGCCGAGUUCAGAUAUCUACCCAAAGCCGAGGCCUCCCUACCAGCCACAGCCUGGAAAUCCCGACAACAGUGGAAGUAAGAACGUUCAUACAUUUCAAAACAAGUCUGAUGAAAGAUAUCUAUCCAAGGCCAAAGCCAAUGCCACGUCCCCAGCCUGGCAGCUCUGACAACAGUGGAGGAGGUGGUGGCAGCUACCCCCCCAGUCAUGACGGCCACGGAAGCACGCACGGAGGAGGGCGCUACAGACCCAGCGACCAUGGGAGUAAUUAUGGUGGAGAUGGCUAUCCCUCGUACGGCAACCCACAAGACCAUCUUGCUUUUCUGGACUCCCGCAGGCAACAGGAUAGCAAAAAUAGUGUCUCCUAUCGUGUGUGGGUUGCUGGUGACCCUGGCGGGGGCAACGGCCAGCUAUUUCCAGUACAACAGGAGGAAGAAUUGUUGCAGGGCAAAUGUGAACUUUCAAUCACAAGGGAGUCGGGAAAGAUAUUUGGGUGGAGUCUGCAGUUUUUGGACCCUUCUCCCAAAAGAGAACCACAGAAGGACUAAAUUGCAAACCUUUCUGUCAAAAGAACCAGAAAACAUCUGAGGCCUUCAAAAUCCACCCUUUGCUUUGAGAAAAGGUCCACCCAGACAAGAACCGCCUUCAUCACUCCCGUGCAAAGUUCCUUUCCUUCUUGGCUUAAGCAGCUGCCCUGAAGGGUUUUCUCUCCUGUUUGCAAUAGACGUGCUACCUAACCAAGAAUUCCUAAUUCCUCAGACACAUCGAUCAUGAUAAGGUAGACAGCUGGACCUUGGGUUGUAAAACGAUUGCUUGAUCUGUUGGUUCCAUCGUGAAUCCGUCCGGACAGAGGUUCCAGCUCUGGAAUGAGCUCCGAAACUACCUCCUGGUGUGACCUCAGGCCAUCGACAUGGUCACAAAGCACAGGGGCAGCAGGAUGGCACCGAGGUCUUGGGCAGGAAUGCCAUCAACUUCUAAAAGGUGGAGACAGACUGCUGUUUGGGUUUCCAACAAGCUGGGGUGAGAAGCUUGACUGAUGCUGUAAGUUCCUUAGUUAUGUCAGGAAUCCAGACCCGUCCAUCACCGCCCGUGAAUCGGGAAUGAGCGAUUUCCGACACUAACGGCAGAAUUUGAACAUUAUUUCAGCUCACAAAAGUACUGUCACCUGCAGAGGAUGAGGCUGGAUUUGGGAAAUUUAAGUGCAAAAUCGCUGAUGUGGAAACCGUCUCGGGGAAGUGAUCAUGGGGUGCUUUUUCCUGUGAAAUAGUACAGUUUCUACAUUUUUUUGGAGAACGUGGGGUAGAAAUAGAGAUUUGCAGAUGUUGAGGCUUUUCGUAUUAUUUUUGGUCUUUGAUCCUCUGUGGGUACCAGUUCUUAAGACGACGGCAGUGCUUUCCUUGAUCUAUACUUUUCUUUUUACUGGACUAGAUAAUCUUCUGUCCUCAAACAUCUAAAACGUAUACUAGCUGUUUGCUUCUAUUUUAGUAAUACUUUAGGGGAGAGGAAAAAGGAUGGUUUGGGCAGAUUAGUAUAGUUUGAUUCAACUGAGAUUAAUGCUGAUAGAAUUUUAGAAUUUAAAUAUUAGAGCCAAAGAGGAAGCCGGUCGCUAGAAUCUGGAUCUCAUAAAGAGGACACAUUAAAAUUCCAAAUAUGCAUGCUUUGUGCACACCCUUAAGGACUGAGAGCUAGGUCUCGGAAGAGAAGUUGAAAGCAGAAAGCGUUUGAAAGAGCUUCCCCAAAAUGGAAAAGAACUUAAAACUAAAGAUCCUGAUUAGAUGUCUCAGAAUUGCAUGACUUCCGGCCUGGAUUUACAAAGAUUUGAGCCAUUUGAAGACAGCCUGUAUUUCCUAUUUUAAUACGAAUAUCCUAGGACUUUUCCCAAAUCUUGUUGAGCUUCCCCAUAAGUGAGGAUGCCUACUAAACAUUUCCCAUAUAUGAGUUUUAGUGGGGAGUUAUUUAACUCUUGUUAAAUCUUUGUGUCAGAUUUACACACAGAUGUACAUAAAUGGAACUUAAGCAUUUUUAAAGGUAACUCCAUCCAUUUUCUGUAACUGUCAUGGGCAAUUUUUCAUCAUUUAAAAUACAUGUAAGAGAAAAAUAAAAUCGGCCUUGUUGGUUGUGUUCUCUUUUCUAUAUUUUGCACGUAUAACCAUGAGACAGCGGUAAAAGGGUCGAAAAGUCAUGAAGCUACGUAACUUUGCACGCAUCCAGGAAAUCCCUUUCUACUCCUUUGUGCAUCCUUUGGGCGCAUGGCCUUGGAGGCUUAUGGCUGAGAUGGUUGCCCCCCCCAGCUCCGAUGGACCCAGCAGUUGUUUGAGAACCACAGGGGCAUCUGUCACCUUCCAAAGGAAGAAAUGGUCUCCUCAGUACCAUGUGGAAUAAGAUGGAUUAUGAACACAAAGAAACAUAUAGUUAGAGAACAGCGGGAUAACCGUCACCCCGAUGACAAGAGGAAAAUAUGGUUAGUGUUCAAUGUCGUUGAAAUGAAAGUAUGUGAGUAAUGCUCUCUCGGGAAGCCUCUCUUUAAGGCAUCACCAGGACCACCCGGAGGACAUUUUUUCCAAGCUGAAAACAGGAGAAAAGUCACAAUUAGCUGCAAUCUCCAAGGUCCUGAAAUAAGGAAAUGAGAACAUUGUGGAUAGUGUUCAAAGCAACACCUGCCUCCUGGGAGCACGGAUGUGUCUGGUGCUCCGUGGAUGGAGGUCCUCAUGUUGCCAUGUACACUUAAAAAGGACACCCUUAAGCCUCCUGCACUGCUGGUGGGAAUGUAAGUUGGUGCA